UAUGAUCUACCCACACGUAUUUGUAUAUAUUAAUAUUGAUAGUCACAGACGUUUGGUUGUGUCUCGUGCGAAAUACUACGCUGGUUUAAUUUGCUUUAAUUACCGAUGGAGUAAACAUUCGUAUGUGGAAAGUCUUCUUGAAAGUGAUGUAAAGUUCGAUACUGUCACUUUGUCUGCACAAGCGAUAGUGAUUUCAUGGAUAUGGAAGGCAAUAUUCUGAAGAAUGCGAUCGUAGCACUUGUAGCAGCCUUAAUGUUCCAAGGACUCGACAUUGUGCAUUGUGCCGAGUGUUGCGCGCCAUAUUUGGAUGGUAACGGGGAGUACCGCGCGUCAUUUUGGUGCCCACAAAAGUGCUGUUACAGACGACAUAUUGGAGCGACACCAACAGAGACUCUUUAUGUCAAAGAAUUGGACUUCCGGUUCCGGGAAUGUUGUGAUAAUCCUGACCACCAAGUGUAUUCAUACGAGCGACGUACGUGCCUUUUACAACAACCAAUAAGUUUAAGAACUUACGUGCUCCUGACGACAGCGGUUUCCAUAGUAACGGUGACCGGGACAAUGGUGUACUGCCUCAUAUCGAAAUGUCAAAACAAAAUACACACGAAGAACAAUGUGAAUGUCUCUAACACUAUAGACAUUGAUGAUAUCACCAAGCCAUUGGAUCCGUUUGCUAGAAUCGACUAUCCAGAAAGAAAAUCGAAUUCAUGGAAAAUCUCUAAACUUUGAUGUCCUAUAGCAAUGUUGCCUUUCUAUGAAUAUAAUAUUACAUAUGUGUUCAUCAUUCUUGACGUAGUUUUUAAUCAAAUUCAUGUUCAUUCACAUGUUCCUUCGUAACUCGUGACGAAGGCUAUUAAGAUUAAAAAUAAUGCACAUAUUCUGCCAUUCUUUGUAACGUAAAUGAGUUUACAAAUCCCAUUAUAGUUGAAUCGUUAGGGAAUAGUUUCGUUCAUCAUUUCCGACGUCAUACGAUGUGCAGGAUUUUUACGAAUUCCCGAAACAUUUUUAGCGAAAUUAUAGGGUAUCGUUCCAUCGGAUUAACAUCAUAAAUACUGUAUACUAGUAUAUGGUAUUACACUGCGAAUCGUGUUAAAAAACACUGCGAUUUCCUUACUGCAGUUAAGUGUAAAUUAAAUAUAAAAAAAAUCGAAUAUGUUACUUAACUUUUCCCGCAUUCACUUUAAAUUCGAAUAUUGCGUUAUUAACACGGUUAUAAUAAACGUUAUCAAAAUUGUCAAUAGUAGUGCAUUUAAAACAUACGUCUUUCAACUACUUGAUCUUCAAUCUCUU